AAAUUUCACACCGAAAAAACCGAGAAAAUAACAGUUAAAGAAUUAAUUAGAGAGAAAAAAGAAAUAAAAAUGAAGGUGGUGUUGAUUAUGAUUAUGGUAGUGGUGCUAGUGUUAUGUUCUUUGUCAUCAACUUGGGCACAAAUGUCGAAAAUGCCACCAUGUGUAGCAAAAUUGGAAAGUUGCUCAAACAAAGCAAUGGAAAACACUGAUUUUACUAGUGCUGAAAUUCCAUGCUGUUCUGAAUGGGCUCAAGAAAUUAAAGAUAACACACAAUGUGUAUGUGACAACUUUAAGCCUUACUUGGCUUCAUUAUCUGAUUUUUUCAAGGUUUGCAAGAUAGAUGCUCCUACAUGCCCAACAGGUGGUAGUAGCACCGGAAAGGUGAGUACUGGUAGUGCGAUAUCGAGCAACACAAAUAACGGUGCAACCAACAUUUUAUCAUCUACAGUUGGAUUAAUACUACCAACAAUUCUGCUCUUGGUUUUGACAAUAAUACUCAAUUAAUUAGUUUUAACAAUUUGUAAUUCUGGAAUAUAUUCAUGAGUUGAUUAUUUUGCUUUAUACCAGCAGUGGAAUGAUUUGAGUAAUAUUAAUAAAAGUUAUUUUUCCAGUUA